AAAUGGAAAGCGUAGUAACUACACUUGCUUCGGGGAAGUUCAGCACCUAUGGUACAAUCAUUUUGAUGUUUACCUACACUAUUUUGCUUGACAAGGACUUUUCAUGCACCUGCAUAAAACAAGGCGAUAACUGCUAUUUGUACCUGAUUCUGCCGUCUUUUAUAAUCUUUCUCUUAACACUGUGGACGGACAAGACAUUUAAGAGAGUCUAUAAAUACAUGUUCUCUGAGCUGCGAACCGGUUCUUGCUCAGUUCACAGCUACAGUUUUUUCUGGUCUUUCCUCCAUCACAUUUUAAAAGCAGCUUUAGUGGGUCUGCUGUGGGUUGAUUUUGUGUACCUGGAUGGAGACUUGUACGUUUGCUGUUGGAAUGACCAUUCUAAACAACAGGCACAGUUAGCCUGCAAAGACAAGGCAAAUAUGACGUACGAGGAUCGCAUAAACAUUGUGGAACUGAAGAACAAGUCCAGGUUUAUUGGUGGCUGGUUACUCUUUGGUAUCAUAUUUUUGGGAUCAUUUCCUCCAUUAGAUGCAUGGAGGAAAUGCUGCAAAACAUGUUGCUGCAACAGUCAUUUUAUAUAUCACAAACUGAUAUUGGAGGAGGAAGAAAUCGUGCUGGAAGAGAUUAUGAGGGAAUCGGCAAAAGAAAAGUUGACUAGAGAAGUCAAGGAGAGAAUACGUAAUCAACAAUGGGAAGAGUGUUUUUACGUGGCUGAUGAACUGAUUAGAGCUUCCACUGAAGCCAACAUUUCUGAACUUGAGAAGCAACAACAACCAGGGGCACACGAAACCCAGGACCAGGACUAUGGACUACGGAGGCAAGAGGAACCGAGGCGAGAAGUACCGAGGCAAGAAGUACCGAGGCAAGAGGAACCGAGGCGAGAAGUACCGAGGCAAGAAGUACCGAGGAAAGAAGUACUGAGGCAAGAAGAACUGACACAAGAAGUACCGAGGCAAGAAGAACUGACACAAGAAGUACCGAGGCAAGAAGAACCGAGGCAAGAAGAACUGACACAAGAAGUACAGAGGCAAGAAGAACCGAGGCAAGAAGAACUGACACAAGAAGUACAGAGGCAAGAAGAACUGAGGCAAGAAGAACUGACACAAGAAGUACAGAGGCAAGAAGAACUGAGGCAAGAAGUACCGAGGCAAGAAGAACUGACACAAGAAGUACAGAGGCAAGAAGUACCGAGGCAAGAGGAACUGAGGCAAGAGGAACCGAAGCAAGAAGAACCGAGGCGAGAAGUACCGAGGCAAGAGGAACCGAGGGAAGAGUGGCUCCUCUUUUGGCGGAGGAGAAUCCAGAUUCAUCAGAUGCGAGGCCAUGAAGAUGGAUCUUCUAUGAUGAUCACAAACUAUACAACACAACAUACUGUUGAGAAAUGAUACGUUGAGCUUUCACCUGUAAUUGUAAUGUUUAUCGUUUCUUUUGCGUUUGGUAUUUGUAUGGCUGGCAAAAUAAACUUGAUAUUUUCAAGUUAAUUCCUUUUUAGCUGCACACAUUUUUUUGGACACGCGAUUAACACAAGCCUGUUGUGUGAUUUGGCCCUGGGGCGCUCCAUAGUUUUGGAAAUCAGGAAGCGAUGCAGCAAUAACUUUAGCAGGAUCCGCCGUCUGGCUCACCACGGUGGAGUGAAGUGAUUCUCCGGACUGAUCUACGAGGACGCCAUUGUGCUGAAGCUGUUGCUGGAGAAUGUGAUCCGUGAUGCCGUCACCUUACACCGAGCACGCCAAGACGAACACGGUAAACGCCAUGGAUCUGGUGUAAGCACCCUCUAGGGCUUCGGAGGUUAAUCCUGAUCCUGAAUCUCAAAUAAAGGGCUAUUCUAAAGAGCCACACACUUCAUCUAAAGAGAGACUUCCCAUGCU